AUGAAGCUGGUCCUGUUGAUUUCCCUGGUAUCGGCCGCUUCUGCCAUACCGUUCAUCGGAUCCGUUCAAUCGGUCGCCGUGAUGGGACAUCUCACUUGCAAUGGAAAACCAGCUGAAAACGUGAAAGUGAAGCUAUACGAAAAGGAAGUUUUGCUUGAUAAACUGCUGGACGAGAAAUUCACCGAUGCAAAGGGUUUCUUCGAGAUGUCUGGAAGCAAGAAAGAGCUCACCACGAUUGACCCCAAAGUGAACAUCUACCACAAAUGCAACUACGAUGGAAUAUGCUACAAAAAGAUCUCCGUAAAAAUCCCUAAGAACUUCGUGACCGAAGGCGAGACGCCCGCCAAGGUGUUUCGACAUCGGAGAGCUCAAUCUUGCCGGCACGUUCUCUGGAGAGAGUACAGAUUGUGUUAA